AACACCUGCUGUCACACAGACAACGGUCCAAUCCCUCCUGCUGUAAUACUGACUGACAGCUCGCUGCACCAAUCACAGCUCGCUGCCUCGCCGGCCUGGACCAAUCACGUGGCGCUUCAGCUUAACUGGGCGUGUUCCCGCAGCAGAGGACGCAGUGUCUCCGCCGCCAUUGAAGCUUCGAGCGUCUCGGGGACGAAUCCACGUCCAUUCCUCCAGAUUCUCGUUUCCCGUGGACCGCAGCGAUGGUGUCUCACUCGCUGGCGCUGCCGAUGAUCUGCUUCACCACCCUGUGGGGGCUGGUGGGGGUCGUGGCCCCGUUCCUGGUGCCCAAAGGACCCAACCGGGGCGUCAUCGUCACCAGUCUCAUCCUCACAGCCGUCUGCUGCUACCUGUUCUGGUUGGUGGCCAUCUUGGCUCAGGCCAACCCCCUGUUCGGCCCUCAGCUGAAGAAUGAGACGAUUUGGUAUCUGCGCUACUUCUGGGAAUAAAGGUCUGUGCGACGCCUCCCUUCAUUCCUCACGACCCUCCUCUCGUUCAGUGGAUUUGAUUUCAACAUGAUUCCGGAACAUUCAGAACUCCGCUGCUCGUCUCCAGUCUGCAAAACCCACCACAGAGUUCUUAUGUCUCAG